AUGGGAUGUACACCCUCCCACAGUGACAUUGUUCACAGCGUUGCUAGGAGUGGCAUCCGGCUCUUUAAAAAGCCCAAAGCGAUUCUGCCAGGACGUCCGGGGGCCAGUGAAAGGUGCUCCAUCCCUUCGCUGGUUCAAAGCGCCACCUGCUAUGACUCUGGAGGGGGCUUGUCCCAGGGACAGAGGCCAGCAGAAGAGCAGCCACGUCCCGGGUGGACCCAAACCGUGGCUGAAAGCCUUUGUCAGCUCACCAGAGAGCCCACUUCAGGCAAAAGGAAAGAUAUGGAAGGACUGAUCCUAGACACCAAAACCUCCCCAUCCCAGCUGCACAAAUCACAAAGCUACAUGCCUGCAGACAUUCCGUUCAACAGACAGAGUUCCCAUGGGUCACAAGGGGCGGCCUUUUCUGGGGAAGAGAGUGAAGAAAGUAAUACCCAGGAGAUUUCCAAAUGGGAAAAGGGGCCAAAAUGUCACAGGUCGGGCAAACAGGGCCAUUACUGCCAAACCAUCCUUCCUGCCCACGAGUCUGAAGACAAAGUGGACUUCCCCGAGCCCUUGGUGAAGGCCCACCAGCGCACUUACACCUAUCUGCACGCCUGCCUCUCCAAGUACGAAGCCGUUCUGAGCAUCACCCAUCGUGCCACCCAGACCCAGGAGCUGCUGCAGCCCAUGGUCGGCUUCCUGUCGCUGUGUUUUGAUGAGGUGAACCAGCUCCUGGGGGAAAUCUCCAGGGAUGGAGAAGAGCUCCUCCAGAAAGUUAGGGAGGAUCUGGCUUGGCCGUUGAAGAAAGGAGAGCCCCAGGAGCAGCCAGAUCUCCUGCAGCAGCUUCUGCAGUACACAGUCAGCAAGCUGCAGGCGCUCAGCGGCACAGUGGCCUUGCUCACAGGCAGCCUCCUGGAGGGCUCGGGCAGCUACCUCCACGCCGCCGCAGGCCACCUGGGGAAUAAGCUGAGCACGAAGAGGGGUGCGGAUGAACGCCUCCUAAGAGCUCUGGGGCAACUGGAGAGCUUGGCGAGCAGCCACAGGGACCCUGAAGCGCAGGGUCCACCCCUGUGCUCUGAGGACAGUGGUAUUGGUGCCGACAAUGAGUCCGUGCAGCUGGCAGACAAGCUGGGCAAACAAGCCAGCUGGGACUUAGUGCCGGAGCCUGCGGAAUGGGGGCCAGCGGCUUCACCCACCGUAGAGGCCAGGCUGUCUGGACAUACCUGGCAGCAAAGUCCAUCUGGGAUGGGUUCAGACGGAACCCAGCACUGCCCGCUCUCAAGGCCUCUUCCAGCAAAGGUUCAGCCAGCAGUACAGGGUGGAUCAGGAGGCACCUGGCCCUCCAGCACAGGCCCAGAAAAUCCUGCCUCCAGGCCUUGGGGGCUGGGCGACAGCACUCUGUGUGAUUGGCCUGGGAGGGGGAUCUCUGGGGAAGCACACUUUCCUAGAGGCUCCAGGUUGGUGGGCACUCUGUCCUUCAGUGAAGGCGAGGACAGCAGCCCAGAGGAGGAGGAGGACAAAGAGCGUGUCAUGAGUCCACGUGUGUGGCAGGAAAAUGCUUUCCAGCCAAGGCCACGGUCUUCACCGGCCAGUGCCGAAAGCCCAUUUCAGCCACAUCCCCAGAGGCUUAGGAGCCCCCAGACCCAGGAAAUGAUCCUGAAGAUGAAGGACGCAAUCAGCAAAAGGAUCAAGUUUGUCCCUGUGCCCUCUGAGCACCAGGACUGGACUGAGGAGGAGGAGAGAACCACGGUGCCACCGAGACCGAGCACGGCCAGCGGCAGCAGGAGGGCCCCCUCGAGGCAGAGGAGGUCCCAGUCCGAGGGGUGUCUGAAGAGCCAUGUGGAGGACCCCACCCUCCAGGAGCUGCGGAGGGCCCAGAGAGACCUCAGCCAGAGGCUGGAGGCGUUUUACACCCUGGGCGCCCGACGGCAGGGGCAGAUCCGGGAGCAGCUUCUGCAGCCCAGCGCAGCAGUGCGGAGGCCCGACAACGACUGCAGGGUCACCCCACGCAGCACCAUCGGCAAGCUGAAGGCAUCCCUCACCAAGAACUUUAGCAUUUUGCCAAGUCAGGACAAGAGCAUCUUGCAGAAAUGCUGUCCCCGUCCUGAGGGAGAGCAGCCCUGGCGAGGAAAAGCUGAGGGGCUUCCAAAUGUCGUCCCACCAGGUGAGAGGGCCAGUGAGGCUCCCGGGGCCAGGGACUGGAAUGUCAGGAGCUGUCCCACCAGAACAUCGGUCAAGAAACUCAUUGAAACGUUCAGUCCCACUGAGAAUCUAAAGAAACUGGGGGAUUCCAAGGACUCUGGGCCAAGCCCCUGCUCCAGGAAGUGGGGGGUCCCCAGCAUGCCUUCCAGAUUCCCCAUUUACAGGGGGCUUGCCCCUUUGUACCCAAAGCCUCGAAUUUCCCCAGCAGCAGGUGGAGAAUCUCUCAGGAUGGGCCCAGGCUGGAGGCCCUGUGCUCCCACCUUUCCCCCUCUGCUCACAGCAGAAGCAUCCAAGAGCGAGGACCUCAGCUGUGAAACAGAGGACGACCCUGAGCAUCUCCCUCCACCGCCUCUGGAAAUCCUGAUGGACAAAUCAUUCACUUCUCUGGAGCCUCCAGAAAGCAGCAAGCUGGCAGAGAGCUCCCCUGAAGGGACCCAUGCGCCGGGGCUGGGAGGGGCUCGCCCUGCACGGACAACGUGGGCUUCCCCAAAGCUAAGAGCCUCUAUGAGCCCCUCUGACCUGCUGCCCAGCAAGAGCGCUGCCGCCCUCACCAGGGCCCGCAGUGCAGAGCCAGGCAGCUGCAAGGGCAGCUGCAAUCCCGGACAGCUCGCCUUGGACCUCAACCACCCACCAGCAGCCAGCGAGAACCCCGAGCUACAGGCUGGCAGGGCUCCGAGUCAAGCACGAGCCAACAGGGCCACCAGCCUCUCCAAGCAUCCCUGGAAGGCCACCCACUGGCACCACUCCAGCCACAUGUCCAGGCAGAACAGGACCUCAGAACCCAGCCUGGCCAGGCCAACGCGAGGACCACAUUCUCCCGAGGCCGCGAGGCAGAACCAAGAUAGAAGCCCUGCGCUGGUCAGGAAGGCCUCUCCUACAAGGGCACAUUGGACACCCAGAGUGGACAAGAGGUACUCAAGCCUGCCCUCCACUCACAGACCUGCCCAGCCAAGUGUGCCCUGUGUGCAUGUGUCCCCCAGCCCACCACGCAGUCCUCCAGUGAGCCCCAGGGUGCUAAGCCCUCCAAUAGUGAAGAAACCAGCUUCCCCUGCCCACCAGCACAAGCUGCCCAGCCCUCCCUCGGCAAGCCCACCCACUCAGUACAAAGUCUCCAGCCCCCCUACCCAGUGCACAGAAGCCGGUUCCCCUGCCUCUGGCCCCUCCCCAUCUCCCCCAGCGUCUCCUAGUCAGGAGCCCACGGAGACAAGAGAUUCUGAAGACAGUCGGGCAGCCACGGCCAAAGUAUCUGGGAACACAUGUUCCAUUUUCUGCCCAGCCACCUCCUCUCUGUUUGAAGCUAAAUCACCCUUCUCAACAGUAUACCCACUCACCCCACCAUCGCUCCCACCUGAAGCUGGAGGUCCUCAUGGGACCCCCACAGGAUGCUGGAGGAGCAGCUCAGGGACACGACUGAGGGCUGACUCACAGCGAGGGAUGGCUCUGUGCGCCCUCAACCCUCAGCCUUUCAUCAGAAGGACAGCUUCUGACCGCCAGCCGGGCGUCCGCCUUCACCUGCCUAUUCCGGGCACCACCAGCGACACCUGUGAAUCCCAGCUUGGCCAGAGCAGCAGCAGCAAGGAGAGCCCCAGGGACACAGAGCCAUGGAACAGCCCCUGUGCCCCAGCACCGAAGGGUGGCGGCAGGGGUGUGUCCCCCCCGGAGCUCUGCGUGCUGGGCCACGGGCUGCAGCGGGAGGCCAGCACUGGCCAUGCCCAGGACAAGCCCCAGCAGAGGGAAGUGGCAUGA